GAGAAUUUUCUUAUAAUAAUGAAUCUAGCCUUCUCGAAAUCUUUAUUGCAGCAGAUGAAAUUGGAUUAUUUGAAAUUAGUCAACAAAUUGAAGAACACUUACUACGAACUGAAUCAGCUUGA